AUGAGCGUCCGCGUACGUCCUCACCUUGGAGUUGGCAUCUGUCUGUAUCUGAGUGUCACCCUGGGGCUCAGCCAGGGACAAGCGAGUGGCCGCCUGAGGCUGGCGGUGCUGCCUGAGGACCGGCUGCAGAUGAAGUGGAGAGAGUCAGAGGGGAGCAGCCUCGGCUACCUGGUGCAGGUGAAGCCCAGGGCAGGGGACCCAGAACAGGAGGUGAUGCUGACCACCAAGACCCCCAAGGCCACUGUGGGGGGCCUGAGCCCCUCCAAGGGGUACACCUUGCAGAUCUUCGAGCUCACUGGCUCAGGGAACGUCCUGCUGGCUCGCAGGGAGUUUGUGAUCAAGGAUCUGAAGAGUAACUCCAUGAGCAGGAGCGGCCAGAGGCCACUGGGGGCAACCCUGGAGCCCACCCCCUCCCACGUGGGGAGCCCAGACCUUGAGCCCCCCGGGGCCCUGGCCCCAAGCCAAGACCCGCCCCCACUUGGCAGACCCCAGUUCCGCUGCACUCCCCCCACGCCUGCAGACAUGAUCUUCCUGGUCGAUGGGUCCUGGAGUAUAGGCCACAGUCACUUCCAGCAGGUCAAAGACUUCCUGGCCAGCGUCAUCGAGCCCUUUGAAAUUGGGCCAGGCAAAGUCCAAGUAGGCCUGACUCAGUACAGUGGAGCUCCCCAGACCGAGUGGGACCUGAAUGCCUUUGGCACCAAGGAGGAGGUGUUGAGUGCUGUGCACAACCUCCGCUACAGAGGAGGAAACACGUUCACAGGCCUGGCCCUGACCCACGUGCUGGAGCAGAACCUGAAGCCCAGAGCAGGUCUCCGUCCAGAGGCAGCUAAGCUGGUGAUUCUGGUGACGGACGGCAAGUCCCAGGACGAUGCCCACGCUGCUGGCCAUGUGCUCAAGGGUCUGGGUGUUGACAUCUUUGCUGUGGGCGUGAAGAAUGCUGAUGAAACCGAGCUGAGGCUUCUGGCCUCCCAGCCGCUGGACAUCACCGUCCACAACGUGCAGGACUUCCCCCAGCUCAGCACACUCUCCGGCCUGCUCAGCCGGCUCAUCUGCCAGAAGGUCCAGGGCAGGAGCCCGCGUGGGGGUCCAGCUACACCGGCCGUGGACCCCCCUCCCGCUCCCACCAGGCUGGUCCUGACCCAGGUGACCUCCUCCAGCGUCCUCUUGUCCUGGAGCCCAGCCCCACAGCCGCCCCUCAAAUACCUGAUUGUGUGGAGGCCUUCCAAGGGCGGCGCCCCCAGGGAGGUGGUGGUGGAAGGGCCCACCUCGUCAGCGCAGCUGCACAACCUGACCUCCAGCACUGAGUACCUGGUCUCUGUGUUCCCCAUCUAUAAGGCCGGUGUCGGCGAGGGCCUACAGGGCCUGGCAACCACAGCACCCCUGCCCUCACCCCAGGCACUGACCCUGGCUGCAGUGACACCCAAAACUGUCCGCCUCACCUGGCAGCCCUCGGCAGAGGCCACCCAGUACCUGGUGCGGUGGUUACCUGCCUCCCCCAAGGGCGAGGAGGAGAGGAGAGAGGUGCGGGUGGGGCGGCCGGAGGUGCUGCUGGAUGGCCUGGCCCCGGGCAGGGACUAUGAGGUGUGGGUGCAGAGCCUUCGAGGGGCAGAGACCAGCGAGGCCCGGGGCAUCCGUGCCAGGACCCCUGCCCUGGCCACCCCCAGACACCUGAGCUUCUCGGAAGUGAGCCAUGAUUCAGCCCGCGUGUCCUGGGAGGGCACCGCAAGACCUGUGCGCCUGUUCAGGGUCAGCUACAUUUCUGGCAAGGGAGGCCACUCGGGACAGAUGGAGGUUCCUGGGAACGCCACCGCGGCCACCCUGGGCCCCCUCUCCUCCUCCACCACAUACACGGUCCGCGUCACCUGCCUCUACCCUGGGGACCGCUCCUCCACCCUGACCGGCCGCCUGACCACACGGAAAGUCCCCAGCCCAAGCCAGCUGUCGGUGACAGAACUGCCUGGGGACGAAGUCCGGCUCCAGUGGGCGGCCGCGGCGGUGUCCGGCGUGCUCGUCUACCAGAUCACGUGGACGCCUCUGGGAGAGGGGAAGGCCCGUGAGAUUUCUGUCCCGGGGAACCUGGGCACGGCCAUCCUGCCUGGCCUGGGGAGGCACUCAGAGUAUGAGAUCACCAUCCUGGCCUAUUACCGGGACGGGGCCCGCAGCGACCCUGUGUCCCUCCGUUACACCCCUGUUAGCCGGAGCCCACCCUCCAACCUGGCCUUGGCCUCAGAGUCGCCUGACAGCCUGCGGGUCAGCUGGACGCCCCCGAGCGGCCACGUGCUCCACUACCGGCUCUCCUACGCGCUGGCCUCAGGCUCCGGACCUGAGAAGUCGAUCUCCAUUCCAGGACCUGGGAGCCACGUGACGAUCCCUGACCUGCUGGCGGCUACCAAGUACCGGGUCCUGGUCUCAGCCGUCUAUGGAGCAGGGGAGAGCGUGGCAGUGUCUGCUACCGGCCGGACGGCCUGCCCGGCCCUCCACCUGGACGGCUCCCUCCCAGGCUUUGACCUGAUGGUGGCCUUCGGGCUGGUGGAGAAGGAAUACGCCUCCAUCCGUGGUGUGGCCAUGGAGCCCUCGGCCUUUGGCCCCAGCAGGACCUUCACACUCUUCAAGGACUCUCAGCUGACCCGCCGGGCCAGCGACAUCCACCUGGCCACCCUGCCCCCAGAGCACACGGUCGUCUUCCUCUUGCGCCUGCUCCCCGAGACUCCCCGAGAGGCCUUUGCACUGUGGCAGGUGGCAAGUGAGGACUUCCAGCCCAUCCUCGGGGUUCUGCUGGACGCUGGCAGGAAGUCGCUGACCUACUUCAACCGUGACCCCAGGGCCACCUUGCAGGAGGUCACCUUCGACCUGCCCGAAGUGAGGAGGAUAUUCUUUGGGAGUUUCCACAAGGUGCAUGUGGCCGUGGGCCGCUCCAAGGUCAGACUCUACGUGGACUGCCGGAAGGUGGCUGAGAGGCCCAUUGGGGAGGCCGGCAGCCUGCCCGCUGCUGGCUUCGUCAUGCUGGGGAGGUUGGCCAAAGCCCGGGGCCCCCGGAGCAGUUCAGCCUCGUUCCAGCUCCAGGUGCUACAGAUUGUGUGCAAUGAUUCCUGGGCAGAGGAGGACAGGUGCUGCGAACUCCCAGCAUCGAAGGAGGGAGAGUCCUGCCCUGCCUUCCCAUCUGCCUGUGCAUGUUCCUCGAAGACCCCUGGGCCCCCAGGCCCCCAAGGACCUCCGGGCCUCCCUGGGAGGAACGGAGCCCCAGGAGAGCAAGGCUUCCCAGGGCCCAGGGGAGAGCCCGGGCCACCUGGACAGAUGGGACCCGAGGGCCCUGGGGGUCAACAGGGGUCACCGGGCACCCAGGGCCGCACCAUCCAGGGACCCGUGGGUCCACCAGGGGUCAAAGGAGAGAAGGGGGACCAUGGACACCCCGGCUUGCAGGGCCACCCCGGCCUCCAGGGCACCCCCGGGAAGGUUGGAGUUCAGGGACCAAAGGGAAUGAGAGGCCUGGAGGGGACUGCUGGACUGCCUGGCCCCCCAGGCCCUAGGGGCUUCCAAGGUACUGCGGGGGCCAGGGGCAGCAACGGCGAGCGGGGCCCCCCGGGGGCCGUGGGGCCCACAGGGCUGCCGGGGCCCAAGGGGGAGCGAGGAGAGAAGGGAGAGCCACAGUCCUUGGCCACCAUCUACCAGCUCGUGGGCCAGGCCUGCGAGUCCGCCAUCCAGGCGCACGUGCUGAAGCUCCAUGCCUGCACCCACGAGAGCACCCGGCCCCCCAUGCCCAUCUUGGAGGCCCCCAGGGCCCUUGGCACGAGCAGCAAGUCCCGGCUCCCUGGAGAAGUGGGGCAUGGUGGCCCCCGCCCUGGGGACAGAGGACGGUCCCCCUGCUGCCUCGAGUGA